AAACAACAACUCGUCAUUUCAAUAAUGAUUUCUGAAUCGACCUGAGGUUGGGGCAACGAUGGUGCUUUCGAGCAACACAUAACGACAGCAUAAUAGAAUACCAAACCGCGAUCGGUUUGUUUUCACUCUUGASUCACACAUCGAAACUGACAAUAAUAAGGAAUGUCACUAACGGCUAAUUUCUGUGCAAUCCAAGUGGCGUCGUUGGGAUUAGCGAUUCUGGUCCUGUCAUUGCCAUCGUUGGUAGAGGUAACAGCCUUUUCUGUUGUGAAUAGCUGUCCUUCUACUCCUUGUGCUGUUCUGUUGCCUGGUCUCCAUCGCAUUUCCCGCCAUUGUUCCAUAUUGAGAUCUUCGAGUGACGACAACGACGACGACGAAACAGAUCAGCAACCACAGCGAUGGCCGGAUUCGUUCGCGAAAGAUUGGUUGUCGCUCCGGCUCUCGAUGUGGAUCAUGGGUGGCUUGACAAUGGCCGCCACCACGGGUACCGCGGUUCCCGUUCUGGCAGCUGCGGAUUUUCAGGAGGGAAUAUCGCCCGUCACGAAAUCGGCGCUGGGAAUCUCGAUCCGCUCGACGGUCGUCCAGAGCGCCAAGCUGGUGGACRCGGUUGAUUUAAAAUGGGAGCGCUUCAGCGACUCGCUUCGGGAUCAGCAGAAAUGUGAUCCCCGGACAAACCGGCGGUUGUUUGACAACGGGAUCCGCAGCGACGGGACGCCGCGAGGGAACCCCGUACUGGGGGCCCUCUGCGAGCCGGUGCCGCUUAAGGUUGUCGACGAAGGCCUCUACAAGCUUGUCCUGGACCAAGGAUUGGAUUCUGCUGCCUACGAAACACUGGGAAACAACAACAUUGACCGCUCCACACUUAGGGGAAUGGUCGACCAAACGAGAGACAAGCUCGAACCCGUCUUUGCCAGAGCAAUCAACGACGGCAAUUCUGUAAGCCAGCCAACAGCUUCGGCACCAUCGAUCGACGAAGCAAAGAAACGGCAGCGAUACAACCUAGAAACCUUUGCUCGCAUAAGGGCGUACAGCGAAGCUGUGUCAAAAACACCGCCAUUUUUAUCAUCAUCAUCGACACCAGCUGCUACUACAAAACCGCAAUCGAAAGCCUCCUUCACUCGCGAAAUAGGGAGGAAACUCGAGCUCGUCUGGGGCCGCAAUCUGUUGGAAAUACUUGCCGGACCGACAAGCGAAAGCUACGAAUUCCAAUCCCCUUUUCCGAAACCCGACCCUGAUAUACCCCUUCCGUAUGAUGCGGACCAAUUGGCGAACGCCCUUGGAGCCAUCGAGAAAUCUCUGACCAAGCUCCAGGACGGCGGCUUGAUAGGCCACUGGGAAAUAUCCAUCCCGGAAGACGAUUACGGAGAGGUGGUGACGAUCGCCGUGGACGACGAUGUUUGUUUGGGGGCACAGAUUCUGGCGCGGGAAGAGAACAGUCCCCUUAACGGAUCCCCCGUGGUUGCAAUGGUCCGUUCGGCUCUGGAAGAUCGAGCGAAGAUUCCAUACGCAGCACUUGACGUGUUCUUCAUCGAUCCUAACACCACUAAAAACGAACUCUACAAUCCCACGCAGCUUUUGAUCAGCUUGCGGAACCUGGGGGAAGAACCAUAAAGAUCCCCGACUAUCUUUUGAGUAAACAAUUGGAUAAGAGACCUGUUUUUAAUCCGAUCCUAUAUUGGUCUGCUUCAGUGGCAGUGGAAGUCGAACGCACUGUAUUGGGAAUCAGUGUUCAAUAUUCAACAAUAACCUCACCCCUAAUAUAUAUAUUUUGUGCUA